AUGUUUUGGAGAUUUGGCGGCUACGCCAACAUCUCCACCAUCGACACAAUCCUCGACAAACCCGACUUCACCCUCGAGGAGCUGCUAGACGAGAGCGACCUCAUUCAGGAGCUCAAGCAGCACAACUCUAAGCUCAUCGAAUAUCUCCGCGAGGACAACAUCCUCCAGAAGCUGCUGGAGUAUGUAGUCGCCCCGAAACUCGAAGUCUUCGCAACCCCCGACGACCCCACCGACGAUGAGUCCAAGGGCAAAACCCGUCUGCUACCCUUCUCACGGCCGCGUGCGUCUUCCCGCGCUACCGAUGUCACCGAAAAUGACGACGAGGAGCAGGAAAAGAGGCGCAAUAGAUAUGCCCUCGUUGCUUCCGAAGUCUUGAGCUCCGACACGUGGUCCAUCUACGAGGCCCUGACCGAGAACCGUGACCUGAUUCGCAAGUUUUGGAAGUUUCUUGAGCGUCCUGCCCCCCUCGAUCCGCUCCAGGCAAGCUACUUCACAAAGGUCAAUGAGUCUCUGUUCGAAAAGAAGACCGACGACAUGAUGGAGCUGUUUCGGAGCAUCCCCAAUGUUGUCCCCGAGCUUCUGAGGCAUGUCGAAUGCCCCAUGAUUAUGGAUCUACUUCUCAAGAUUAUCGCCCUGGAUCGGAACGAAGGAGGACAAGGCAUUGUCGAGUGGCUCUAUUCAAAGGACAUCAUUCCCACACUACUCUCCUGCCUCGACCCGAAGCACAGCUGGGUUGUGCAGACGGCUGCGGGUGACUUUAUCAAGGCUAUUAUUACCAUCUCCGCCAACGCCUCACAAAACGAACAACAAUGCAUCGGCCCCAACGAGCUCACACGUCAGCUGGUAUCGCAACCCUGUGUCGAACAGCUGAUCGGCUAUAUGCUCGGAGGAGGAAACCCACUUACCGUAGGUGUCGGAAUUGUCAUCGAAGUCAUCAGAAAGAACAACUCGGAUUAUGACCCCGACGUGGGCACAGAAGCCAACCAAGUUCCUUCCAGCCGAGAUCCAAUUUACCUUGGGAAUCUGUUGCGGCUUUUCGCCCAGAAUGUGCCCAAGUUCAUGAGCCUUAUCAUGGACGGGCCUGCACGCAAAGCGGGCUCCGACUCUACCUUUGGGGAGAAGCUCGAGCCUCUCGGUUUCGAUCGAUUCAAGACUUGCGAAUUGAUGGCAGAGCUGUUACAUUGCAGUAACAUGGGGCUGCUCAAUGAAGUUGGGUCCGAAGAAUUGAUCGCAACGCGAGAUGCUGAACGUCAACGUCUGCGAGUCCAAGGAAAGCUGGGACCCUUGCGAGAAGAUGACCAGUCUGCUGAUGAUCUCACCAUGCGCAUGGGCCAUGGUGGCGUCCACGACGAAGGUCGACGUCUCGAGGUUACAAAUGCUGACGAAGAUGGCUUCGAGGAAGUUGAGCCUAGCAAAGAAAUGAACGAAGACACGUCGCACGAAUUUGUCAAGGCCGAAGACGACAUUGCUGCCGCUGCACCCUCGUCAUUCAUCGAAAAGGACGAAGAUGAUUUUGUGGACGAGCCGCUCAGCUCUCCUCGUCUGGCUGUAGGUGCUGACAAGAUCAAUGAGCAGCGUUUCGAGGAUCCUGAUCUAGUUGUGGCGCCGCUUUCACCUUCAAAGGCGAAACCGGCUGAGGUAUCGGAACCCGAGACAGUGGCCACGGCCAACAAUGCCCGGUCCACGGAACUGGACUCGGCGGCUAGGGAGAUCGACGAGCAUCUCACCUCUACGCAGCAGCCUGCCAAUUUAUCUGUUUCUACUGACCCUCUUGCUCAGCCCACGACAGGCGGUGCGUCUUUGAAUCCCAACGACUUGGGUGACCAGCACCGAGGCCUUUCUCCUCACCCCGAAGAUACCCCGGCUCCGCUGUUCUCUGCUGCGAGUGCUGCCCAAACCGCCACUACAGAACACAACCCGGAGAGGUUGGAGACUGUUGCUGAAACUUCAGCUGAGUUGGACCUGCCAGAAAGAGUAGAAGCCUCAGAAGAGACUUCAAACGCAGGCGAUUCAUCCGUUGCUCAGGAACGGCAACAACCACAAGCAAAUAUACCCCUGGAGCCUGUUGUUGGAGAUUAUCUGAAGAUGCAAUUUGUCGAGCACCGUGUUGUACCUGCAAUUUUGUCCUUUUUCUUCUCAUACCCCUGGAACAACUUUUUGCACAAUGUUGUCUAUGAUAUUGUACAGCAAGUCUUCAACGGUCCCAUGGAUCGUGGCUAUAACCCUACUCUAGCAGUUUCCCUAUUCGAAGCAGCUGAUAUUACAACAGCCAUUAUCAAUGGACAACAGGCUAGCGAUGAGUCCCAAGCCAAGACAAAAACCCGCAUGGGAUAUAUGGGCCACCUGACACUUAUUGCUGAAGAAGUGGUCAAGUUCACCGAGAGACAUCCACCGGAACUGCUUUCUGAGAUGGUCUUGGACAAGGUUAUGAGCCAAGAGUGGAUCAACUACGUUGAAGGCGCCCUUGCGGAGACGCGUGAACGUGACAAUGCCAUCCUGGGCGGAGUUCGGCCUGAAGUUGCUCUUGGCCACCGCGCCAGCAUAGGCGGUGGCAGCGGCUUGGGUGGUGUUGGACUGUCUGGUUUGGGUGGCGUUUCCGCAACCGGUUCCAAUGCUUUGGCGGAAGCAGGCCUGAAUGGCGGCAUCGAACUUAGCGAAGGUGGUAACAAUGGUAUUGGGCCCUUUGCAAUCAGCGCCGGGACCCUGAUGUCGGGCUUUGGAAGUAGCAGCGAUGAAGAGGACGAUGAUGGUGAUGUUGAGGAGGAAGAUGUUAACUCUGAGGUGAGUGGAGAUUCUUUUGACGGUCGAAGCAUUGGCUCUCCGGAGGUGGCUGCAAAUGCAAACACGGAUUCUCCGGUUGAUGUGAUCAUGAUGUCUCCGGAGCCUCUCAAAGCAUCCUCGGGAGAUUCCGCCGUGGAGAUCCGUGCGACACUUGGUUCACCAGUGAGCUUUGCGGCGGCCCAUCACAACGACGAUGAUGACGACGACGACGAGAUCAUGGCAGAUGACUUGCAGCAAGAAGCAGCGGCACACAAUGGUUAUUCUGAAGGCUCGGCAGAACGAUCAAUAUCAUCAUAG